UUUAAAAAUAUCUCGUUCAGAAAAGGAGGUUUGUCGUCUCAUCUCUCUCCUGAAAUUCUCCCGCUGAUUUUUCUCUCCCAGAUGGAAGAGACCAGAGAAGAUUUGAAGUCGAUUCUUCCCUAUCUGCCCCUGAUCCAUCGCUCUUUAUCUCUAUUCUGGCCCCCGAAAGCCCUGGAAUCCCUCAAAGCCCUAGCGUUGGGCCCCGAUCUUAGCAGAGUUGAUUCAGGAGAGGUUUUAUUUGACGCCAUCCUCGAUCUCAGAGAAUCCGUUGGCCUUGCCGGUGAUCCGUUGGCAUGGAGAGCGGCAGAAGGGUACGCUCUCUUCUUCGACGAGCUGAUAUCUAGAAUGAAUUCCAGGGUGUGGUUUGGAGAGGUAAUUCCAGCACUGGCUAAUUUGUUGCUCCGGUUGCCUUCUCUUUUGGAAGCACACUACCAUGAUUCUGAUGGAAAUGUUGGGGAAGGAAAAUCUGGGCUUCGGAUAAUGUAUCAGCAAGAACCAGGCAUUGUGUUUCUCAAUCAGGAGUUGAUAGCUGCUUUACUUGCUUGUGCAUUCUUCUGCUUGUUUCCUGCGAGUACCAGGGGUGAAAAUUAUCUUCCAACUAUCAACUUUGACUAUUUAUUUGCGUCCCUCCAUCCAAAUUUUAAACAGAACCAAGAACAGAAAAUCAAAUGCCUAACUCACUAUUUCGAGAGGAUAUCUUUAAGCAUGCCCACUGGUUUUGUGUCAUUUGAGCGCAAAGUUAUUCCAUUUGAGCAGAGUUCUUUUAGCAUUUCAUAUCCUGAGGCUGUUCUCUGGAGGAAAUCCACUGUUCCUCUUUGUCCGUUCAAGGCAUUUUCUUCAGGCUUGAUAGAAGACCAGAAAUAUGACGCGCUUGAAGUAGAUUUUGCAAAUGAAUAUUUGGGCGGAGGUGCACUUCAUAGGGGCUGUGUGCAGGUUUUUCUUUUUGAACUUGAAUGGGUAGAUGUUAUUUCCUUGAGUUUUAUAUUGCUUAAGAAUACUUCUAUGUUACUGUUUGUUUUCCCAUCUUAUUCGAAGACUUGUAACUGUAUACUUUGUUCUUUUUGGUAUUUCUUGUUUUUAAAACAAUAUGUAAGGCAAGAAACAAAGUGCUAAUGCAGACUUCGUAAU